UCCGCCCGGCUCCAGCGGAAAACCCCUGCCAGUUCCCGUCGCACGCAGCAUGGCGCCUAAGAAGGCCGACAAGGCCAAGGCCGACAAAGCCGAGAAGGCGGCGAAAGCGGUGAAGACCAGCGUUGGCAAGAAGGUGAAGAAGAUCCGAACCAAGGUUCGCUUCUACAAGCCCAAGACCUUGGAAAAGGCCAGGAAUGGCAAAUACCCUCGAAAGUCCGUGGAGUCUCGAGGGGACAAGCUGGACAAGUACCGCAUCAUCCAGUGCCCUGUGACCACAGAGUCCGCCAUGAAGAAGAUUGAGGAGAUCAACACUUUGGUGUUUUUGGUGGAUGUCAAGGCCACCAAGCCCAAGAUCAAGGACGCUGUGAAGCAGCUCUACGAUGUGAAGUGCGCCAAGGUCAACACCCUCAUCCGCCCUGAUGGGAAGAAGAAGGCCUACGUUCGCUUGACCCAGGACUACGAUGCUCUGGACGUGGCCAAUCGCAUCGGCAUCAUCUGAGUUGGUCGCUGGUCACUGCGUCCGCGCGACACGCGAGUUGGGAGCUGGAAAAGCUGCUGCUUUUGUCCUUGGUGAGAGCGCCUUUACUGGACAGUGCGGGAAAA